AUGGUAACUGGAACAACAACAAAAACUUCCGUGGUUGUAGAUAUCGGGAAAACCGAGAAUACUGGGCAGUACAAAUAUGGAAACACCCAGCAUAAAAUCACACUUCACAAAAUUGAUCAUCAGCCUGAUAAAGGUUACAAAAAAUAUGUCCAUACGCUUACUGGUGAUUGCGUUGUUGGAACUAUAAGGUACGGUAAUAAGGACCAAAAUGGAUUUGAUCUGAAAGACCAAAACUGCAUAGAAGUUACUGUCUACUAUUUGGAGCAUGACAGAAACAACGCCUUUCCAUUUAUAGUUGGUAUUACAAAGGAUAAAACUAGCUAUGAAUAUUUUACUAAGGAUCAUUCCGCAGACUCAACCAAUUGGGGAAAGACAGAUAUUACUAGCGAUGAUGCCCUCAAAAAUAAACUUUCAGAAAUAAAUAAAGCUACACAUUUAGUACUUUUAAAUGUAGAUGCGGAAACUAGAAGUACAUACUACUCUAAUGGAACAAAAACAUCUCCAUUUACACAUCCAAAUAUUGAAAUAAAAGUUUCAGAACCCAAAUGUGUUCAGACUGUUUACAAAAAGUUCGAUCAUACUCCAACUGGUGGAUCUAUUCGGAUACUGAACACUGUUGGUAAAGGUUCCAGUCUUUAUCCGUUAAUUUCAAGCGAUUUAUAUACUUGCUAUACUAGUGCUCACUUCUAUACUUGGAGUGGAGAUAAGGAGAAUAACAAGAUCCUUCUUGAGCUAAAGUCUACUGGUUCAAUGUACUUCAAAUUUGAGGGGGGAAAUGGUUAUACUACGGUGGAAGCCAAUCAAACAUAA